GUAUCCAGCCAUAAAUGACAGGGACAGUUCGUGCGCGGUACGUCUCAGCGUUGAUCUUCCCCCAGUCCUUUUCCCAAAAGAGUCCAGGGCCUUUAUUCGCAACACGGCCGUGCAGUUCAUCCAGCGACGACUUCCACGAGAAAAGGGAAUUGCUCUGCAGCCAAACAUGAGUCCGUGUAUUUUCAAGUGUCCAAUAUGCGGGUGGAUGAUUUGUGAUGAAGACGGGUCUGUCUCCUGGAUGAACCAGUUUCGCGGUUAUUCAGAGGAAGGAAUUAUAUUGACCGGAGUCGGCCUUUACGCCGACCCUCAGUCAGGAGCCUUCGUCGCACCCCGGGACUCGAGCGCCCGGUGGGACGACCCUAGCUAUGGAAACCCAGGUGAAGAUCAGUUCGGGGCGAUGUCGCAGGCCGAGGUCAACGGGAGGCACGGCUUCGUCUUCCACGACGCGUGUUGGUCCCUUCUUCAAGAGGCAUAUCAACCCACCCCGGUCCCUCUUAAGAGAUUGCUCGAGGUCCUGGACUCCCUCCCCAUGGUAUGGGCAGGGGGUAGUGUGGACUGGGGCCACGAUUACGGAGGGCUUGCCAUUCUCAGGGAGAAAAACUACUAUUACCCUUGGGAACAUCUACGCUUUGCCGACCGGACAUUUCGAGAUGGGUGGUUUGACACCUCAUACAGCGCCGACCCUCUUGCCAUUUCCGAGGUAGAGGAAAUCUUGGCCGAAACUGCGCAAUCACCGCCCUUUUGGAACGCGCAACUACCCACCCGUGGUCAAGAUCCAUUCAACAAACUUCCAGAAGAGUUGUGUUUGAUCAUCGCCACGCAUCUUCCAACCUCGGAUGUCCUGAACGCCCGCCGCGCGUCGCGCUCUUUCUGUCGUGUGUUCAACAGCCAAUCGUUCUGGGCGUCGCGUUUCAGGGGGAAGAGUUCGGAGCGCUCGUGGCUGUUUGAAGCAGCGCGAGACCUUGAACGUACUGGCGGCGUCGGACACAGAGACUGGCGCUGGUUGUAUCAUCGUACGGCCGACGCGCGCCUCGGCCGAGCGGCCCGAAAUCGGAAACGGGUCUGGGGUCUCAUCCACCAUUUAGCGGAUAUCUUAGACGCCUGCUGGACCGAGCUCCCCUCGGAGUUACAAUCACCCUGGCAACGUCCAGCCCUCUUGGAGGAACCAAGCCCAGGCCCGUCAUGGGUACUCACUGCGGGAAAUGUAAGAGGUUGGGGACAAGACUUCAGCCCGCUGCAGACGGGUUGUGCGCGCCUCAAGAUUCAACGGGUGGCCAUCCCGGCGGAGGGCGUCUCGCGCGUAGCCGUCUCGACGAUCCGCCUCGGUAGCAUCGUGUACAUUGCGGGCUUGUCACUCACCGCCACGAAUGGGAAAGUCUUGCGGUUAGGUUACGGAACCGAAGGCAGCGGGCAUCCUGUGCAAAUCUUCGAAGCGGCAUUCACCGGUUUCAACGUUGCGGUGGGCCUGGGCGGAAUACACGCUCUUCAAUGCAUUAGCGGCACUAGUACGGCAAGGCAAUUGUCUUCUUGGCUCGGGUGCCCUGACGAUACGCCCAAGACAGAGCGGCUGAGCGUCAUUGGCCAGAAUAUGGUUUUGGAGUUCGGCUUUGAUGGUUUCAGGAUGGUCAGUCUAGCAGCUCAACUGCCGACACCACAUAUGUCGACUGGCCGUAGUCUCAGAAGUUCAGCAAUAUGGUAUCCUGAGGUACCACAUGCGAGUCUGGAUUUAAAUGAAGGUUUCCUGGUAGAGCCUCAAGAAUACACGUCGGGUUAUAGGCCAUUGUUUUGGAGUUGCUUUGGCGGUCCUGGUGGGAUUUACCUUUCAAAUCUGGUGAAGAUUACCAUCAUCGGGGUCAUUGAUCGCAUAGAGUUCUCCUUUGACAUCCAGGAGGUUCCAGCCGAAUGCCGCAGUUUUGGACGGAUGGGGGAUUGGGAGGACGACGAGAUUGACGAUAAUGACGGAGUCGUUGAGUUUCCGAUUGAUGGACCUGGCGGUGAGGUCCUUGACCGGGUCGAACUCCUCCAAGAGCUUUUCCCGGAGGAAUCUGGCGCUGCUGAUUGGCUGUGUAAAGAGGGACAACUCACUUGGCUCAAGAUAUAUACGAACCGCGGGCGGAUGUGUGAGGUCGGCCUAAAAUCCGAAUCCCGCAAACGGCAUGUCGUGCGAAAGGAACUUUCCGCACCAUCAAUCACCGGCUUUUACGGUUGUCAGUACCGCCACCUGGGAUCUAGUAUCAUAUCACUCGGUGUGAUAACUGAGCCGGUUCUGGAAACUGAAAAGUAGGUAGGUAGUCUAGAUGUUAACAGGAUUGCAAAGACACACAGACAAUCCUCCUUUUCCUAUCAACAAUUGUAUGGAUACGGUGCCCGCCGUAGACCCUUAGCACCUGCGGGAUUGGUAGUACGUUUGAGAUGGACAUUUGAGGCACGGUUGGAUGGCAGAGGUCCAUGCCACCAAGCUCAGAAGCGUGCCAUAACUCAACUUACUCCAUAUCACUCUUCGAGAAUCGAGUUAAUGCCAGCCUCAGACCAGCUGAGUUCAUUCAGGUUAUUCGCCAACUAGCUAAGGUGCGUUGGUAAGAUGCAACCUAUCACCAAUCCCAAAACCAUACAUUAGUAACUACCAAAGAACUGCGAGAUCUCUC